AAUGUGAGGCCCAAAAUAGUUACCAUAAAUCUCUCACAAACCCUCAGUUUGCUGCUAUCUUUCAACUCUUUUGUGUAGCCGCACUCUUCACCUUCAAUUCUGGGUGGACCAAGACGUGAAAAUGCAGAUCUUUGUGAAGACCCUGACGGGCAAGACUAUUACCUUAGAGGUAGAGUCAUCAGACACCAUCGACAAUGUUAAGGCUAAGAUUCAGGACAAGGAAGGGAUUCCACCAGACCAACAGAGGUUGAUUUUCGCAGGCAAGCAGCUUGAAGAUGGCCGAACACUAGCCGACUACAACAUCCAGAAGGAGUCGACCCUCCACCUUGUCCUUCGUCUUCGUGGUGGUGCCAAGAAGCGUAAGAAGAAGACUUACACUAAGCCAAAGAAGAUCAAGCACAAGAAGAAGAAGGUUAAGCUCGCUGUCCUCCAGUUUUACAAGGUCGAUGAUUCUGGCAAGGUUCAAAGGCUCCGGAAGGAGUGCCCAAACGCUGAGUGUGGUGCCGGGACUUUCAUGGCUAACCACUUUGAUAGGCACUAUUGUGGUAAAUGUGGCCUUACCUAUGUUUACCAGAAGGCUGGUGGUGAUUAGAUGAGUGUUACUUUGUUUAUUGCUUUAUCUUAGUUACUCUUUUGCCAACAGUAGACAAGAUGUAAUGAAUUUGAAGUAUGGGAUUAUGUUUGCAGUUUAUAACAAGUUGAGGAUUUUUGUCAGCUAAAA